AAAAUAAUUAAACAGUACAUAAAGUAGUUAACUACUGCGAGGCAUUCUAGAGCGUUGGUUGUAUAUGUUUCGGAAAAAACCAGAGGUUUACUAAUCUAUUUUGACAUUACUCCUGAAUUCGGACAGAAAAAUUUCCGGACAAAAUUUAAAAGACUGAAACAUGCAGGUUGGGCGCACAGUGCACUGAACUAAUGUAGAAAUCAAUGGAUUAUUGAUAGGAAAAUCCUUGUCAUAGAGGAGUAAUCUUAACACCAAUUUUGAGCACACUUCAGUUAUAGACCUACAACUUCAAGCAGAUAUGAUGGAGUGUUAGAUUUGGAGAGAGAACAAAGAGGACACAUACUUCAAUAUAUCGUAGGUAGACGAGAUGUUUACGUAUAUCAGUGAUUUCUGACAUGCUCAUACAACAAGUGUGAGUUUAUCUAAAAAAAUAAAGGAGUAAAAAUGAGCAGUACUGGACGUAAAGGAAGGACUGUUAGACCCUUAGGGGCAGUUCGUCAACCCAUGCAGGCACCGUUAGAGAGAGUUGGUCGUAUCCCGGCUUUCAGCUACAAUAAAGCUGUACAUCAUGACUAUGAGCUACAAGGAAAUGCUAUGCAGGUGCCACCUCCAAAAGAGGAGAAAGAAAAAGAAGAGCCCAAAGUUCCUAAAACACCAGUAAAGUCUGGGAAAUCUGAUUCUGGUUCCAGUACUAAAUCACAGACGCCAGAAAAUACAGUAGAUAAAAAGGAACUUUCAGAUGCAAAGCAGAUCAAAUUCACUUACAACUUCAGCCUGAAGCCAUGUUCUAGGUGUAGCUAUCUUAAGGCAAAGAUUAAAGAAUUGAAGCAGAAGAUUGCAAGUUUAGAGAAAGAGAUAGGAGAACUCAAAGAACAAAUUAAACAAAAAGAUCUCACAAUUGAAGAAAUGUCUGCUGAAUAUAAGAAAAUGGAGGAACACUUCAAGAAAUUAUAUGAAAGUGAAGUUGCUGGUCACAAGUCUACACAAAAUUCCCUAGAUGAAGCUAAGAGGCAGAUAUGUGAUUUACAAGAGGAACUAGCCAAGGCCAUACAGGAACAGGAGGCAAAAUUAGCAUUAGCUCAGAAAGAGUUUGACAAGAAGCUGGAAGAGACAGUCGCUGAGAAAGACAAAGAAAUAGCAGAAAGAGAUGCCAAACUAAAUAGAUUAAAACAGCAAAUGGCAGAUUCAUUGAAGGGAAAUUCUUGGGAACGACAACAACAGUUGGAGGAAUUGACAAAGGAAUUAGGGAGAAUACAGGAUGAGGCGGACACACUACGUAUUAAACUGAAACAAUUUAAAUCUAACAAAACUUGUGCAAACUGUCAAGAAAUGACUUCAAAGUUAGAGAAAGCUGUGGUAUCCCUCAAGGAGAAGGAUGCAUCUAUCAAAGACUUAAAUGGACUUUGCUCAAAGUUUGAGACUCAGCUAAAGAAACAAGAUGAACUGUUAAAAAUGUUUGCUGAAAAAAAAGGAUAUAAGGCAACAAAAUGAAAUAAGAAGUCUAGACUGUUACAGUGGAUCUUAUAACUGAAGAGAAAGUACUCUCAUAGAGACAGUGAAAGUAAAAAUUAUUGUGAAUGAAGAUAUUUUAUGCGACAAGAAAAUGUCAGGCAAACGAUUGUGAACAGAAGGCAAAUGGUUCUGAUUCCAUGUAUUAGAUCACAACUUCCAAAGAAUGUUUCAAAAGAAUUCUCCCAAUCAGCUAGAAAAAAAAAAAAAGAUUUAAAAAAAAUAAAAAAAGAGUACAAAUAAGCAUCCAUUUUGCUUCAAAGGCAGUAGAAAACAAAGUAGCGAGUAAGAUAAGGAACAAAAAAUGGCAAAGAUGUUCCCCUUUGUGAAGAAAGCACCAAAUUUUGCAUGAAAUUACUUUAAGGUAUCCCAAAUUCUACAAGAGGAGGAGACACGCUAUAUCUGCCCUGGAACCUCCUUUUAAAUCAAUUUUAAAAAAGGGAGGUAAAAAUGUCUUGAAAAAGUAUUUUCUUUUUUUAAAUUGAACUUUAUCUAUAAAGUAAUGUUUCAUAUGAUCUAAAUAUGGAUAACAUAUUACUAGCAUAGACAAACAACCAUUUGGUAUUGAAAAAUAUACAAAGUUUACUACAAAACACUCUUAUUUCUCAAGAUAAUACUUAAAAGGGAGGUAAACAGAUUUUUUGUAUGUUUAAUUUCAAAACUGCGUGUGAAAAGAUGUUUCUUAUGAAGAAAGCAUGAACGUUUGUAUUUAAGUAUUAUAAAGUAUUCUGGAUCAGAAAUGGACUACAUAAUUAUACGAUCUGUUGGCUUGAAUAGACCAAAACAUGAGGCCCCAAAGGGGAACUACCUUUAAUUUAUUUCAAUGAAAUAUAUCUGUAACAAUUUCAAAAAUGUUAAUUCAUUACCUUAACCAGUUAUAACCCUUGACACAAAAUUUAUUCAGUUACAUUUUAUAUACAUUCAAUAUACAUAACUCAGGAAAAUAUGAGGUCCUUAAAAGGGAAAUUGUUAAAAAAUCACAUUUUAAGGGCAAAUUCAUUUAUUUCAAUCGUUCAAAUAUCAUAUUACUAAACUAAACUUAAGUAAAGAAACAGAAUUCAUGGACAUUAUGUAUAAAAUGUAAAAAAGUAAUAAAUAUGCACAUGUUUAGGUCCACCUACAUAUCUGUAUUUAUUAGGGCAAUAGAUUUAUAUAAAAAAGAGAGGCCCUUCAAUGGAUUAUUUUAGUAUGUGCAUAACAGUAUAAUUAUGACAUAAUCAUGUUUUCAAAUCUAAUGACUCAACCAAAGACCCAUAAAAUAAAGAAACUGAUAAAAACACCCAUUCAAUAGAUAUCUAAGAAUUGUAACAAGUUUCCCAGUACUCCUCUAAUACAUUUGUUUGAUAAAUUUAUAUUUCUUAUACAUGAAUGUGUUACUACACAGAAGUGCACAGAGUAAUGAAAGUCAAGUGUCUUUACCGGUCAAUCCAGAUUCAACAUAAUUAAGCAAUGCAAGAGCCACAGUUAUGGUAUACAGACACUAAAUAAAAAACUAGCGUGGAAAAAACAUGGUAGUCGCAAAAUGGCGUAUUCAAAGAGUCCUCCUUCUUUGCUCUGUCUUUGCUUUUUUCCUUCCUUUUUUACAUUUUUUUUGCUGAAAUCACAUAACUUGUAUGCUUGUGAACUUGCAUAACAGAUCAAUCCAUGACAUAUAGGAAGUAUUUUCGCAAUAAUAUGAUGGCAUGACAGAUUUGUUAUGGAAAUGUAGAUCAUACAAUUUGGGGUAUCAUUUUUAGUUGAUAUUGUAGUUGGUUUAUUUGACUGAAGUACAUGACCUCAAAUUUUCUUUUGAUGUUUUUUUUUUCAGCACUGACAAUAUUCUUUACGAAAAUGUAAAAAUGUAAGCUACGUACAUUUAAAAUGGGUCCUGCUCUGUGCUGAAGCUAUUUGAAAUUGUCAAUUUUAUCUUAGAAUAAAGAAGGCCAGCUAUUAAGUAUGUUCAUACCUUAAUGUCUCUACCUAAACAUGGCUUCAUAUAUAAAUAUUAGAAAUGUGAACAUCAGGUAAUUUACAUGUUUUCGUGCUGUCUAUUUCCUUAAUGAACUAGAAUUUUAUCAGGCACCAUUUACUGUCUUACAACUUGAUACCUUUGUUUAUAACAUGACCAUGUAUUGUUCCAAAAGUUUGAAGUCACAACAUGUGGUGCACUAACCGGUAUGCGACAUGGUACACAUUUGUUUGCCGCAGAUGCAUAAAAACAAAACCACAAAGGGAUUAUGUUACGAGCAACCAACACUGAUACACACUAUUAUUUCCUAUAGUAAAAAAAAAUGCUAGUUGUUAGCUGUAGCUUCAUUUGGCCGUUCCAAGCAGUUCUGGUACAUGUACAUGCUGGCUAAUUCCGAAGUAAACAGUCUUUUUGCAUAAAAACAAGGACAAAAGUCUAACAGGAAAAGACACAUCAAAGAACGUAGACGUGAAGCUAACAUUCUUUAUAAUGCAUUAUCUGGUUGUGAUACUGUCUCAAUACGUUUGCAAGGCAAAGGAUAUCUUUACUUAUGGUUAGGCCGUGUUAAAAGAUUCAAGAAGCGCACAUAACAACUGGAAGGAUAGGUUGUUCUAUCAUGCAAAGAAAUAUAAAAAUGAAGCCAGAUUAUAUAUAUUUUCUUAAGCAAUUAGACGUAUUGAAAGCAACCCCCUGAGAGAUGUAUGUAGCAAAAAACAUUGUAUCAAGCAGGUUGUAGAGAGGAAUUUAUAGCAUACAUUGACAUUGCUAAUCCUGUCAACUGGAAAUGGUCAAGAGAACUGGUACUUGGCUUUAAUUAUGUAAUACACUUCAUAAUUAGCAGCUACAAGUUGGAGGAAACUCAUCAAUGUAACUACAAGAAUACAUACAAAGUCAGAUAUAAAUGUAUCAAGCCAAUCCUGUGUACUCAGACAUUUUGAAGACAUGUGUGCUAGAGAGUGAAAUACUGGCAAAUCUAUUACAGUUUUAGGUAAAUAUUGAAAGGAUUGUUAGGCCUAAAAUAAGAGUUGUUUGUUUAGGGUAUCUUGAUUGUAACUUUUCUUUCAACUUUUGUAAGUUCACGAAAAAAUGCUUGGGACAUUAUCCUAAACAAGUAGUUAUUAUAGGACUUAUAAUUGUGCUACUGAGAGGUUUUCCUGACACAGUAUUGGACAAAGAGCACAUAUCAGCUAUGAUUAUAACUAGGACGGCCUGUAAUAGCCAUUUUACUCGUGCCGAAUGAGCUCCAUCGGCUAUACCGGAAUGCAGAGUAUACUCAACUCUGACCCAUAAGUACAAUGUUCUGAAUGAUCAUUUCUUUAUCAGAUACAUGAUAUCAUUAUAUAGGCCGAUUUGGAACCUAAGACAGAAAAUACACUAUUUCGUUAUUUGUCAAGAGGCUUAAUUAAUAUGCGUGAUAACUGUAGCUCAGUAUAUUUUAAGAAGACAAGUUGUUUAUAAACUAAUCGAUUAAUCUUUACCUUAAAAAAUAUGCAUCUAACGGCUUUCUUUAAUUCUGUAUCAUAUUUUCAUCUUAAACACUUUUUAUAUGUAACUAUUUGCGUUCUUGGGAUGGCUGCAGUAAAUCACUGCACUGUAGAAAUGUUUAUAGUUAUAAGCUCUGUGGAGGGGUUCAGUGAGAGUGACAGUCUAGUGGCAAAGGUGUUGUCAGAUCAAUAGGAAGGUAGUUGGUUCAAACCGUACCAAGGUUAAUCUAUUAUACAAUACCAGUGCUAUUUUCAAGAAAGCAGAAUUUAGACUGAUUUUAAAACUUGAAAUCUUAAUCUAAUUCAAAAUAAAUUAGUAUCAUUGAAUAUAGUGUAAAUUAGCAAUAAUAAAUACAACAAUACAUUUAGUUCACAUUCCAGUUUCCUUUGUUGUAAAGAAAGCAUUAGGAUGAUCGUAUGCUUUAGCCUGAAGUCUUUGUCUUGAAAAACAUAUACAUUUUGUAUUAAAUUAUGUUUUGUAUAAUACGUUUUACAUGAAUUUAAAUUAGAUAUUGAAUUAAAAAAACACAAAUAACCCCUUCUUUAGCUGCUCUUUUGACUGCUAAUAAGGAAAUCGAACUAACGGUACCCCAUGUACAGUAUAAGUACUGUAAAAUCGAUUAUAUGAAUUACAUUAUGUACAUAUAUGUGAACUUGUUUUAUAAAAUACCCUUAAUGAACCUCAGAAUGUAAGGAAUGUUUAAAUAAUAUUUUGAUAUAAUUUAAUACUAAAAUUAGUUUUGUUUACCUAAGUGAUAUAAUAUUCACACUUAAAAAUAAAGUCAUCCUGAAAAUGAAAUUUUUAAACAAUUCUUCUUUAGGUUAUAAAUUAAACUUUUGGACAUUGCUUUCAAAAUAUAUGAUUUAAAUAAAUAAAAUCUAGGUCCCUUUUUGGGGCCUCAUUUUAAGCUUAUUGAGGUUAGCAAACUGCGUGUCUCCUCCUUUUUUUGGAUUCAGCAUACUUCAAAAUAGUUACAUACAAAGUUUGGUGCUUUCUUCACAAAAGGAAACAUCUUUUUCCUAUAACCUACUCACUAAAGUGAUGAAAACUGUUUUUUUUUUUUUUUUUUUUUAAUAUACACACUGAAGGAUCAGGGAACAUUUGAGGUCAGCAAUGAUUGCAAGUUCUUGCUGUCAGUGUGUCAGCCAACUUCAAACGUAGCAUUAAUAUAUGAAAAAAUGAUCUUCUGGUUAUUGUUUCCAAAAAAUUGGAUAUGAGAAAUGUAAGCAUUUUAGCUGUUCAAGCUUAUGGUGAGCUAUUUUGAUCAAGCUGUGUUCCUCGUCUGUCAUGUGUGUGUCUCUCCAUCUGUCGUCAACAAUUUCUUUAAAUGACAUCUCUUCCAAAACCACUGAAUCGAUUUUUGAUGGAACUUGGCAUUGAUGUUCCUUUAGUGGUCCUCUUUCGAAGUUCUUCAAACGGUUCAGCUUGGUUGCACGUAGAGGCCACCAGAGCUAAGAAUAGAAAAUAUCUUCAAGCGACAUCUCCUCUUAAACUGCUGGUCCGAUUUUCAAAUGAUUUCACACCAAUGGUCCAUAUGUAACCAUCUUCAAAUUGUCCAGAUUCUUUAAAAAAAAAUGUGGUCACCAUUGGGCCCUAUAUGUAUAUAGUUGAAACUUAAAAAAAUUCUUGUAUGAAACUGCUUGUCCGAUUUUCAAAUUGUCCUUGUGUGACCCUCUAGCAAGAUUGUUCAAAUGAUUAUGAUUCUUCAAAAAACAUGGUGACCAGAGGUUGUGGUCAUUUUCCCUAUAUGUAUAUCGUGCAAACUUUAAAAAUCUUCUUGUUUGAAACUGCAGGUCUGAUUUUAAAAUAGUUUCACACAAAUGGUCCUUUUUUGACCCUCUACCAAAGUUGUUCAAAUUGUUCUGAUUCGGCAAAAAUCAUGGCCACCAGAGGUCACGGUCACUUUUCUCUAUAUAUAUACAUUGGAAACUUUGUCUUCUUGUCAGAAACAAGAGGCUUAAUUUUAAAAUAACUUUACACAAAUGUUCCUUUGGUGACCCUUUAUGAAGAUUGUUCAAGUUAUUCUGAUUGAUAAAAAACAUGGCCACCAGUGGGCAUGGUCACUUUUACCUAUAUGCAUAUAGAGGAACCUUAAAAAAUCUCAUGGUCAGAAGCUGCUAGCUGUUGAUGAAGAUUGCACAAAUAUACUACUUGAAAAUAAUUUCAUAUACAUUUUCCUUGCAUACAUGUAAUUAUCUUCCAAAACUGCUCCAGCAAGCAGUGUAACUUACGUAAGCGGUCUUGUUUGUGUUAGAAUACAAAAUGUAUUUAUAUAUUUCAUGUAAUUACAUUUUUCCCAUUAAUGAAAAUACACUUAUGGUUACACAGACAAAUGAAAUAAUUACAAACAUUAACAUUAUCAUAACACAGGGUGGUUCAUUUAUUAUAGCAGAGUUUAUUGUUUUCAGGGAAGGAUGAAUUGAAUUGUUUUUUUUUUAUUUAUUUCAUAGUUGUUAUGAUAACAAAUACAUUUGCUUAUGAAAUCCUUGUUCAGUAUAUAUUAAAUUAUUACAAAUAUGA